ACUGUUAACAUUAAUGCAAAUGUCAAGGUGACGGUGCAUAUAUACUCUUAACAGAGGCCUUGGCUGAGUAUUUCCAGUCCGCUGUUCACAUACAUCAGUGGUGGCGGGUCUGCGAGAGCUGCUCGUGGAAGACGUAGUGUUUGGGAAUCAAUUCAUCUAGAAACAAGAAGAUGGUCCCGUAGUUGUAUUAUCGCAGGAAGCCAAAGCAGACGACAAGCAGACGAGACAAGUGGACUUGUUUGUUGAACCAUCCCAGCAAAAUCUUUUUCCGAGACAUUUUUUUAUAAUAACUGACACCUGUGUCCAACGUAUAUAAGUUCGUGUUUAAGCCUUCGGUUUAAGCUGUUUGGUGUUCUUGCGAACAGAACCAUUCCUGCUUUGAUUACAUUUUGUAAUCAUUGAAUAAUACAUCACGUAAUAUAUUUUUGGUGAAAACGUGGAAAGUGAAUCUUGGAACUAGUAACGAUGGCGCUUGAACUGCACGUGGAGGAUAUAAUUGUCCUCGUUGUAUAUUUCAUACUGGUCAUGGCUGUUGGAUUGUGGUCAUCAUGCACGACCAACACCGGCAGUGUCAAAGGUUACUUCAUGGCGGGAAGGGACAUGAUAUGGAUCCCCGUGGGCGCCUCCAUCUACGCCACCAAUUUUGGCAGCCAUUUUUUUGUGGGGAUGGCGGGAUCGGCGGCCGCGGGGGGCAUCGGAGUCACCAUCUACGAGUGGCACGCUGUGUUUAUGCUGUGUCUGCUUGGGUGGCUCUUCGUGCCGGUGUAUGUCGCCUCGGGGGCGUACACGAUGCCGCAGUACCUGAAGAAGAGGUUCGGGGGACGACGUCUACGUAUCUACCUCUCCUGUCUCGCCAUCUUUCUUCUCAUCGUACAGAAAAUAUCAGUGGCCAUGUAUGCUGGAGCUGUCUUCAUUCAGCAGUCCGUGGGCUGGGACAUGUACUCGUCAAUCGUCAGCGUUACCCUCAUAACCGCUGUCUAUACCAUCAUAGGCGGUUUGUCGGCGGUGAUAUGGACAGACGCUUUGCAGACGGUCAUCAUGGUGUUUGGGUCUCUUUGGCUGGUCGUGGCAGGCUUCCUCAACGUGGGCGGCAUGGACGAGUUGUUCGAGAAGUACAUGCACUCCGUCCCCAACGUCACCACAUGCGGUAACACUACCAGCGGCUUCCCUCGCGCCGACUCCCUCCACAUCUUCCGCGACGCCAUCGACGGAGACAUCCCGUGGCCCGGCGCCAUCUUUGGCCUCACUUCCAUGGCCAUCUUGGCGUGGUGCACGGACCAGGUGAUGGUUCAGCGAGUUCUAUCCGCCAAGACCCACUCUCACGCCAAGGGCGGGGUACUUCUGGCCGGCUGGCUCAAACUCCUCAGUUUCUUCAUCGUCAUCUUGCCGGGAAUGAUGGGAAGGGUUCUGUUUCCGGAUGAAGUUGGCUGUGUUGACCCUGACAUCUGCGAGAGCGUCUGUGAGAACCGCAAUGGCUGCUCCAACAUCGCAUAUGCAAAACUGGUCGUCAACAUUUUGCCUAUAGGCGUUCGUGGUCUGAUGCUGGCGUGUAUGUUGUCGGCGCUGAUGAGCACACUGACGUCGGUCUUCAACAGCGCGAGUAGCCUCUUCACACUAGAUCUGUAUACAAGAUGUCGACCCAAGUCAUCAGAGAGGGAGCUGAUGAUUGUUGGGAGACUGUUCAUCCUGGUAUUGGUAGCUGUCAGCAUUGCAUGGAUCCCUAUCCUGAACGUCGCCCAAGGGGGACAACUCUGGACAUACGUGCAAGCCAUGCAGUCGUAUCUGUCCCCACCAUGGGUCGUGGUCUUCAUAAUGGGAAUUGUCUGGAAGAGGACUACAGAAAAGGCGGCUUUCUGGAGCCUGAUGUUGGGACUCGCUGUCGGAAUGAGUCGGUUGAUCAUGGAUCUCGCCUACUCCAAACCUGCGUGCGGCGAGGACGAGACCAGACCGGAAGUCCUUUACAAAGUGAACUACCUGUACUUCGCAAUUAUCCUGACCGUCAUAGUCACCGUCGUCUGCACCGUUAUCAGUCUCGUGACCGAGAAGAGACCAGAAGCGAAGCUACGGAGGGUCACGUGGAGCACUCGUUACUCCGAGCCACGAGAGGACACGGACGAUGAAGAGGACUACGACAACGAAGCUGCUAGGAACGCUGACGUACACCAAGAAACGGAUGAAGAAGUGGAAACAGAUGGAAAAUUUAAUUUCAAGGAGAAAGUAUACAACAUCCUGUGCUGCUACUCCAGCUUCAAACCUAAACCAGUAACCAAGGCGAUGGAGGAAGCGGAAGCGAUGCGCUACAGAGGCAAGGACGAGGCUCCCUGGGUCAGCAAGUUCUUGGACUUAAAUGCCAUUAUUGUGAUGGGCGUAACGGUGUUUCUUCUGGGCCUGUUCGCUUAGGAAUGAUUUAAACACAUGUCAUGCUCAUGAUAUAAUCGGAAUCGUACAAUCGACUCUGCUAUUAGCAGAGAUUUCUUAUGAAUAUGGAAAGGGUUUAGUCGCUUUUAUUAACACUGUCUCAUUGGUUGCAGUACUUACAGGAUAUAGAACACUGCUUAAUCUCAGAGUAUUUGUAGCUUUUACCCACAAUACUCAGUAUGUCAUGUCAUGGUGACCCUGACCCGCAUUCGUAACUAAUCGCCUUUUUUUAAGUGAACGCCAACGAGUGGUAAGAAUGACUGACCCUUCCGUCAGUUGUAUUCCUCUCUCAGAUUGUGCAUUAAAAUCAGUUUAACGGGAUCGUAUUAUAACAGCAUUGCAACUGUCAAGUGUCCAUUUCCGGCCAACGUUAUCAAACGGAGAUAUCGCCUCUGUAGAAUAAAAACAGUUAUUUUACAAUAUAUAAUAUAAAUAUUUUGCUACAAAAAUAAUGAUCUUUUCAAUAAUAAUAUGCAUCAGUUGGAUAAAUUUCCUCAUAUUCAGAUUAUUGAGAUAACAAUAUGGAAUAUACUUAUUGCGCCAAAGAGCUGCUACAGCAGCUGCCCAAUAUGUCACUCUUAGGGAUACGGAUGGUCACGUCAAAAAGUCUGCCAAUCAGCCUCGUAAGUGCCCUUCUACAUGUUUUAAUAACCUAGAUAUCUUCCGUAUUUACCUCCAAAUAUAUAUGUCUACUCACUAAUCACGAUUCAAAAGCCAAAAUGAAAGCCGUUAGCAGUUUUAGGCUGGCGGCCAUCUUGGUUUCUGAAAUCUGUUCUGCUUUUUUGGUGAUGAAGGGCUAGGGGGGAUGUGGUAAUCGUAAGCUAGGUUCUGGUAGUGGUAGUGGUAGUGGUAGUGGUAGUGGUAGUGGUAGUAGGGACACA